CGCUAUGUCUGCGACGGCACUGGCCGCGAGUCUGUUGCUUUUCACCUCGUUCAUCGGAUCUUCUCUCUGUCAAACACCGAUGGCCAUGCUGAUAGUGAUCGAGGAACCGGACACGCCGCUUUUAAGCAUUCUGAACGACGCUGCACCUCAGACGGAGAAGAAGUUCGGCGACGACAUCAUCACCGUUCACAUUUCCACCGUCACUGUGGACAGAGCAAACGUGCUUGCCAGUUUUGAAAAAGUAUGUGCUGCCUUAUUUAAGGGAAUCAGUAUCAUACUCGAUCUGACUUGGACCGGUUGGGAGAAGCUUCGAAACGUAGCCGACGAGAACGGAAUAAUAUACAAACGCGGGGAUUGCCAGAUAAAUUCGUACGUGCAGGCGAUCGAUGAUCUUUUGAUGUUGAAGAACGCAACGGACGUGGGCCUGAUCUUCGAAGAUGAAAGGGAGCUGAAUCAGAGCUUGUACUAUCUGAUCGGGAACUCGAUUAUACGGUUGGUCGUCAUCGACGAGUUCACGGACAAAACAGUGUCCAAGAUACGGAGCAUGAGACCGUCGCCAUCUUAUUACGCGAUUUACGCCAGCACGCCGAGGAUGGAGGAACUAUUCAGAACGGCCGUUCAGGGGGGCCUGGUGAAAAGAAAUGGAAUCUGGUACUUGGUGUUCACCGACAAUAACUACAAGGACUUCAAGUACCUCAACGGGGACUCGCAAUUAAACGUUUCGGUGACCGUUCUGUCGCUACGUACGGAGGUCUGUUGUCGGCUGAUCGGUGAACCGUCCUGCAAUUGUCCUCCCGAUGUUCAAAUAUUUCCACAAUACUUCAGACGAUUGUUGGGCUUGCUGGUGAACCUGAUGAGCGAGCUCCAGAAGUCUGGGAUCAGCGUGGAGCCAAAGCCUACUCGAUGCAAUUCGCCGAACGCUACUCAAACGGUCUCAAACGCCACAUCCGAGGCGUUCAACAAGAACUUGAUAGCCAAAUUAGGAGGCAACGAUACCUUCGACUACUUGUCGGACAAAGGACUGAUCACGUACAAAGCGGAGAUCGAAAUGGAGAUCCUGCAAAAUGGAGUUUUGGAGCCGCUCGCCACUUGGACUAGAAGAACGAAAAUUAAGGAGGCCGACGGGAAGAAGAUAGAACCUGCCAAGAGAUUCUUUCGAAUCGGAACUGCUCCUUCAGUUCCCUGGACGAUGCCCAAAGUGGAUCCAGCGACCGGCCACGUCAUGAAGGAUGAAAACGGAAAGGAGAUGUGGGACGGUUACUGCAUAGACUUCAUAAAGAAACUUUCUGAAGAGAUGCAAUUUGAUUACGACAUCGUCGUACCGGAAGAUCGAGAAUUUGGAAAGAAGAUGGCCAACGGACAGUGGAACGGGUUGAUUGGCGACCUUUCAAAGGGAGAAACUGAUAUCGUGGUUGCCGCGCUGACAAUGACAUCGGAACGCGAGGAGGUGAUCGAUUUCGUUGCCCCUUACUUCGAGCAGUCUGGUAUACUGAUUGUAAUAAGAAAACCCGUUCGUAAACCGUCCUUGUUCAAAUUCAUGACGGUCCUCAAAGUCGAAGUCUGGCUGAGCAUCGUGGGGGCGUUGACGCUGACAGGAAUCAUGAUUUGGAUAUUGGACAAGUAUUCCCCCUACAGCGCGAAGAACAACAAACGUCUGUAUCCAUAUCCUUGUCGAGAUUUCACGUUGAAGGAGAGCUUUUGGUUCGCCCUGACCUCGUUCACGCCCCAAGGUGGAGGCGAAGCUCCCAAAGCUCUGUCCAGCAGAACUCUCGUAGCUGCGUAUUGGCUAUUCGUCGUUCUGAUGCUCGCCACGUUCACUGCGAAUUUAGCAGCUUUUCUUACAGUGGAAAGAAUGCAGACACCCGUGCAAUCGUUGGAGCAAUUAGCGAGGCAAUCGCGGAUAAAUUACACCGUUUUGGCCAAUCACAGCGUUCACCGGUACUUCAUGAACAUGAAAAACGCGGAGGACAAGUUGUAUACUGUCUGGAAAGAGAUCACGCUGAACAGCACGAGCGACCAGGUAGAAUACCGUGUAUGGGAUUAUCCUAUCAAGGAACAAUACGGUCACAUACUGCAAGCCAUCACGCAAGUCGGCCCGGUGAAGAGCGCAGAGGAAGGCUUUCGAAAGGUGAUAGAAAGCGAGAACUCAGAAUUCGCUUUCAUCCACGACUCGUCGGCGAUAAAGUAUGAAGUAACUAGGAACUGCAAUCUGACCGAGGUCGGCGAGGUGUUUGCCGAACAACCUUACGCAAUCGCUGUCCAACAAGGAAGCCACCUGCAGGAGGAGAUCAGCAGAAGGAUCCUGGACCUGCAGAAGGACAGGUAUUUCGAGACGCUGACGUCCAAGUAUUGGAACCAGUCCCUGAAGGCGCAGUGCCUGGAUUCCGACGACAACGAAGGAAUUACGCUGGAAAGCCUGGGCGGAGUGUUCAUAGCGACUCUGUUCGGGCUCGCUUUGGCGAUGAUCACUCUGGCCGGGGAAGUCCUCUAUUAUCGUAAACGCAGCGAUUCGCAAAAGAACAAGCGAAAAGACAAGAAGAAGCCCAAGGGCAUCGAAAACGAGAAGGUGAUGCUGCAGAAGAUGGCGUCGAAGCUACAGAUGAAACCAGCCCCUACUAACGCAUUAUUCGAGAAAACGACGACGAAUCUACCUCGCGUAUCUCAUAUUUCGGUCUACCCGCGUAACUUUACCUUCAAAGAGUGAAAUCUUCGCGAUAGAGAAUAAUGUCGCAGCGACAGAAUUUCCGGUGGCAAAACGAUUAACGAUAGAUAUAUUUAUUCUGUACAAAAGAUCACGUUCCAUUGCUAAUAAACGUUAUUCCAGAGCAACGAGAAUGCGAAUCAAACUUUAUGUAACGACCCUUUACAGCAGCCAGUGUCUUUCACUCUUUCACUUCGGUAUCGACAGCUCGCAACACUGAUUCGUCGCGCGCCACGCGAGUCCCGGAAAUAAUUGUAAAGCUACGGAUUAAUAAAAGUUAU